AUUUUUGAAAUCCCGUCCGUACAAAAUGAGUUCCCUCUCCGACCACAGAGUCAAAGUCCACCUCCGUCGUCUUCUCCACUGCGAUCUCUGCCGACGCCUGCUGCUCAGCUGACACUGACAGAAGCUUCAAAUCCACACCACGCGCCCUCCCCACCAAACUCCCCCCCAACCCAACCGACACAGAACCUUCCUCAGCGAAGGAGACGAAGACGAUGAAGCCGCUUCGUCUCUCUCUCCUCCCACAUCCUCCGACCUUCUUCCUUGUUUCCAGAUCUCUGAAACCCUAGCUGCUCAGCUCGCCGGCGACCGAUGAAGCGGACCCACAUUCCCCACCUCCUCGAUCGCCCAUGGCUCCCCCCUCUCGUCAUCCUCUCCUCCCUCUUCCUCCUGCUGCUCCUCUCCCUCACCCUGACGACUCACACCAGGCCUAAGCCCUCUUCUCCCGGCGGCCGCGCGUCCAUCGCUGAAUCUAGCCCGUCCGAUCUCCCUGCCCUCCCGAGAUUCGCCUACCUGAUCACCGGCACCAAGGGAGACGGCCCCCGCCUCGCGCGCCUGCUCCAGGCCUCGUACCAUCCAAGGAACAGCUACCUGCUGCACUUGGAUCUCGAGGCUCCCGAUAGCGAGAGGGUCGAGCUCGCCAAGUACGUGAAGUCGGAGAGCGUAAUGAGGGAUUUCGGUAACGUGAUGGUGAUUGGCAAGGCGGACCUCGUCACAUACAAGGGUCCGACGGAGAUCGCCUCCAUGCUUCAUGCGAUCGCCAUCCUGCUCAAGCUGGCGGGCAGUUGGGACUGGUUCAUUAAUCUCAGUGCGUCGGAUUAUCCGCUCGUGCCGCAGGACGACCUCCUGCAUGUGUUCUCUUACUUGCCGAGGGAUCUUAAUUUUCUCGAGCACAGCAGCGACAUCGGUUGGAAAGAGGUUCACCGAGCGAGGCCUAUCAUUAUUGACCCGGGCCUGUACCAUUCGAAGAAGUCAGGGGUGUUCUAUGCUAAAGAGAGAAGAUCCUUGCCUGCUUCAUUCAAGCUAUUUAUGGGAUCUGCAUGCGUCGUGCUUACAAAGCCGCUCCUCGAGUUCUGUGUAUGGGGAUGGGACAACCUCCCUCGAACUCUCCUCAUGUACUACUCGAACUUCCUGUCGUCUCCUGAGGGAUACUUCCAUACAGUCGUCUGCAACCACAAGGACUACCAGAACACUACCGUGAACCAUGACCUGCACUACAUAAGGUGGGAUAAUCCUCCAAAGCAGCAGCCUGUUACGCUGACGAUGGAGCAUUUUGAUGACAUGGCCAAGAGCGGGGCCCCCUUUGCCCGCAACUUUGUCAAGGACGAUCCGGUCCUCGACAAGAUCGACAGGGAGCUCCUGAAGAGAGCGGAGGGCCGGUUCACGCCAGGAGGCUGGUGCAUGGCGAACGGUGGGGCAAGUAGAGACCGAUGCACAACUUAUGGCAGUCCUAAUGUAGUGAAACCUACUCCGAGCUCGAAAAGGCUCGAGAAUCUACUUGUGAAUCUCCUCGACCCUGUAAAUUUCAGGACCAAACAGUGUAAAUAGUGAUUCAGUUAAGAGUUCCUGUCAUCCUCUCCCCAACUGUUCUUUUGCCUAAUGGGCCUCAUUCAUAAUUCAAAGAGAUCGGAAAACAAUCGCUUAAGCAA